AUGGCCAAAACUUUUUCUGUUGAGCCAUUUGAGAAUAUUGUUACUAAAAUUCUAGAUAAGUCAAAUGAAAACCUGGUUAGGGUGAUAGCACUAUCCGACGGCAACCUUGAAAAAAUAUUUGAGAAGUUCGACUCGAGUCUUACAACAGUCAUCGAAAGGUCAAACGAAGACUUGCGCAAAUCAUUGGCUCAUUCUGAAGGAUUAAUGAGCAAACUCUUCGAAUCAACGUUACUUCGAAUGGAGGCCCUCGGCAAUAGUUUUGAGCGAGCGGUCCGAAGCAUGUCAGAUGCAGUGACGGAUUCGAUGAAUCAGCUCCACACAGCCAUGUCCACAUUGGGCACCAAUAUUGCCCAAUGUCAAAUUCAGAUACUGAAGAUCAACGAAACGCCAAUGAUUGAGCAAAUGACAAAGACUCUGUGA